AUGAGGAGGGAAGGUCGUCAACAUGGUAUGGUGAAAACAUACCGGAUCCUCCCAUCUCCGUUGAACUUGAAGUCAGAAUCUCGAUUCAUUCAGCAAUUCGACUCCCCUCUCACUGCCGCCGGAUUAUUCACAAAGAUGCCGACGAAGCCAACUAAUCAUUCCAAGUUUACGGGACGAUGCAGUAGGCCACGAUGCUUAGGGUGUUACAUGCAUCCGACUUGUAAGUCCAAAGAUAAAACGAAAGGAAGUCAUAAAUCGAAGUCAAGUGAAAUGGUUUCUAGCUGCAGGUUGAUCACUUGGAGAGUUGUUGAUGGGAGGCCUGGUUUCAAAGAUUCUGGGUUUUCAGCUUCAAGGAUUUUGGACCAUUUGUCUAGUGAUUAUGAUCAUGAUCGCGAUGACGAUGAAUAUAUAGUUAAUGAUGGUUCCAAAGUGAAUUCUCAAUCCUUGGGAGAAAUGGAAGAUUAUGAAGGCGGGAUUGAAGAAAAUAUUGUUGAUCAUAAUGAGGAGGAUGAUGUGAAAAAUGAUGGUAUUCAUGUUCAUGUUGAGGAUGAUGAGGAGGAGGAAGGUUGGUGUUUAGUUGGGAAAAUUUGAUAAUCAUUAUUGGGU